AUGAGACUCUCGACGGACAGUUUCACGUUAGAUCAAUGUAAUGUCAACAACAAACCGAUGAAAGAAAGAAAGCAUUCACAAGGGUUAAAUCUCAUUAUUAAUUCAUAUUUAGAUGUUGGUAGUCCAAACCCCGAUAUUGUAUUGUAUCUACCUGCUUUGGAAGAAAUCUCGAUUAUCUUUCAAUCGGGACAAGUAGCAAAUCAAUCAAUCAACAUUUUAAAGUAUCUUUCAACGGUGCAGUCUCUUGUCACUGUCAAUAUACAAAAAGACCCGUCGUUGACAUACAUCCCCAAUGAAUUUACGAAUAUGGCUAACCUAGAUAAUUUGGUACUUGUCAACAACGGUAUUAAAACAGUUCCUGUCUCUCUACUCACCAAUAUGCCAAAGCUUUCAAUACUACAUAUCAACGAGCCCAUUGAAUCUGUUUCUAUCCCUUCUUCUCCUCAACUUGGUCUCCCAUUACUCUGGGCCAUUCAUUUUAGAUUUAAUCUAACUAUCCCUUACAGCAUCAACCUUUCCUCUCAAACAUUUCCAUCACUAUCAUCAAUGAUAAUAACACAAAAUCAAUAUUUGGUAUCUUUAACAAUGAACGACUGUAAUUUAAAAACUUAUCCAUUUCAAUCUUAUCCAACUUCUUUGCAGGUUUUACAAUUAGGAAACAAUCUAAUUGAUAAUGUACCAUCUAUUCCAGUUCCCGCUGGUCUAACAACAUUUGAUGUAUCGAAUAAUUCAAUUGUAAAUUUUGAUCAUGACACUAUCUUUUCAAACAAUAGAGGGUUGUUAUUAUAUCUAAGUAAUAAUCUUGGUUUUGCCGGACCUAUCACCGACUCGUAUUGUAAGCAUAGUCUUCGAGUAUUAAAUACAUCUGUCAGUGCUUUGCCAGACUGUUUUUGGUGUUACUACAACUCUACCAAUCAAGUCAUUGUAACUAAUCUAUCAUUAAACCCUAGUUUUGUUUGUAACUUUGUGGUUGAUCAGGCAUCACAAAUAUUUGCAACCAAUCAAUCAAGAUUUACAAUUACAGGUAAUAAUAUUGGAUGGGGUCAUACACAAUCAGGAACCAAGUAUAUUUUGACUCGUAUCAUUGCCAACAAACAGUUGACGGUUACUUUUAGUCCGACUCCAAGAGUUUUGACCAACUAUGCAUUGGCACUAGCACCGUUUGCUGGAGCACCCAGUAUCAAUAUCUCAGCCAUCGACUCUGGGUUUACUUUCAAGUCGGUCAGAGCAGUACAAUCGAUUCCAUACACAACCAUCACAAUCGAGUUGAAAACUUUCAACGAUCUUUUGGCACACAAUGUGACAGUGGAUGGUGUGACUAACUGUAACGUGUUGUUAUGGACCUCGACAACAUAUAAUUGUUCUGUGUAUCCCCAAACACAAGGUAUCCAUCAAGUCAAGUUUUUCAAUGACUACUCGUCGCUGUCCUAUGGAUUAGACUUUACAUUUGCAUAUCCCAUCGUCAAUAAUGUCCACCCUAUCAUCAUUCACCCACAAAGCAUAGUUACCAUGACCGGCAACUUUGGACCAAAUUUAAACUCGCCAUCGGUAACGCUUAAAAACGGUAUUGACCAAGACUCACCAUGUACCAUACAAUCAAUUACACCAACCACAAUUAUAAUUACACAACCACCUAUCAAAUAUCACCACAACAAAUUUGUCAAGAGUCGACCAAUUUAUUGCCAUGGUAACGGUCAAUGUAAUACUACGGGUCAAUGUGAUUGUAAUAGUAAUGCUUAUUAUAAUAAUUGUUCAAAACCAUAUCCAAUCAUUUCAUCUGCCAGUUAUAAUGCAACAAAUAACAAAAUAAUUAGUUUAAAUGGUGAUUUUGGACCGUACGGACAAUCAAACUUAUCAAUUAAAAUUAAUAAUACUUUGGAUUGUACUGUUAAUUCAACAUCACAACAGUUAAUCAUUUGUGAAUUGGAGAAACCACCAAAUUAUGGAUUAUCAUCAGUUCAAUUACAACUUGAUUCUUUGGAUACAAAUGCAAAGGAUAUAUUAUAUCUUAGACAACCUGAUAAUGGAGGUAAUAAUGGUACAACAACAACAUCUACAGGAGGAUCAACAGAUACACCACAACAACAAUGUGAAAAACAAACAUCAAAUUGUUAUGGUCAUGGUGUUUGUGAUGUAAAUGGAAUAUGUCAAUGUGAUAAGGAUUUCAACCCAGUUGAUAAUUGUUUUACAAAGUUUAUAAAUACAACGAUUACACCAAAUACAACAUCACCAACAGUAUCAUUUGAUAUUGAUGGAAUUGAUUUCCAAUUUGAAGUUGUAUCCAUUCAAGAAUUGGAUUUGGACAGUAAUAUUAUUAAAGAAUUAUUUAUUUCAAAUUAUACUUGGAUUGUGAAUGCAUCAACAAAUAAUAUUACAACUAUUGUUGAUUAUCAAUUAAAUACAACCCUUUCAUCAUCCUCCUCUUCAUCAGACAUCAACUCAAUAUUAUUCCAAUCAGUUAGUGUACUAUCAACGAUAUCAUUCUCAACACAAUCAAGAGAUAUUCAAUUUGGAGAUCAACAACUUCACAUCAAUGCCAACUCGAUUAAACUAUCAGUCAAUGUUACAAAUUGGCAAUAUUCAUCGAAUUUAGCAACACUCAGAGUUGUAUUUAGAACAAUCACCAUCAACAAUCAAACAGUCGAAUAUGAUUGCAAUGAAAAAGAGAUUGAUCCAUUGACAUAUGAUUCAUUGUCAUCAUUGCAAUACCUCAGAGUGAUCAAAGAUGAUAUUCAAUUCAAUGGUAGAUUUAUUGAUGUUGCAUUGUCUGAUGGUCGACCAACCUAUUCACAAACACAACUCAUUUCAUUGACACAAUCAACCAGUAAUGAAGAUGAAUCGAUUGCAUUGAUUGGUAUCAACUUACCACAAUGUCAAUCAUGUAUUCUCGAUCCUGAUUUCUCACCAUUAUUAAUCGACAAGAGUAAUGACAGUGGAUGUGAGAAAUCAAAUACAUGGAGAAUUAUAGUUGGAUGUGUUGUUGGUGGAGUUGGUGCUGUUGCCAUUACAGUUGGAUCGGUCCUAACAUACAAACAAAUCAAAAAGAGAAAUACAUACAAUGCCAAAAUGGAAGCAAAGCUCAAAAACAUUUCAUAG